CAAGUUUCACUCCGGCGUGUGCUGCUUCUGCGUUGUCUCCGCUUUGUGUUGUCAGGCAGAAAGAAAAGACUCGACACACGCAGCCAUCGAGCCAGUCAGGGUGGCGUGGGUCCUGAUUCACGGGCACCUCGUCAGCGCCCAGAAAUAAACAAUAGCCAGCCAUUUUAUAUAUUCACGCCGGACGAAUUCUGCAAAAAAAAAGAAAACAUUUAACCCAUUUUUGUUGUUGUUGUUUUUUGCUACAAUGUCGGUGAGUGUGGAGUCUGGUUUCUCGAGCGAGGAGGUCUUAAACAGCCGCUUCCCCCUCCAUCGGGCUUGCAGGGAUGGAGACGUCGGUGCCUUGUGCGCCCUCCUCCAGUGCGCCUCAAGCCCGGCUGACCUCACGGUGGAGGACACCUUCUACGGCUGGACGCCGAUACACUGGGCCGCUCAUUUCGGAAAGCUGGAGUGUGUCAUGCGUCUGGUUCAAGUGGGAUGCGGCGUGAACGUGGUGACCUCCAGGUUUGCACAGACGCCCACUCACAUUGCUGCGUUCGGAGGCCACCCUGAGUGUUUGUUAUGGCUGCUUCAAGCUGGUGCAGACAUUAACAGACAGGACUAUGUGGGCGAGACGCCCAUCCACAAGGCUGCUCGUGCGGGCAGUCUGGAGUGUAUCAACGCUCUCUUGAUUCAGGGAGCGAAAGCUGACAUGAGGAAUGCCAGUGGGCUGACGGCGGCUGACCUGGCCCACGCGCAGGGGUUCCAGGAGUGCGCUGAAAUUCUCUCCAAUGCCCAGAACUUCCAACAAAACAUGGCUCAGUCCCAUAACGGGGUUUUUCUGAAUGGCAUGAGCCGGAAUGGGGGCCUCGCUCACCCCACCAUCCAGGGACGCAGCUUCUUGAAUGGCGUACCCAACAGAAAGAGGUCUUUUGAUGGCAUGGAAGUAAAUCCAGGAAAGAAGGCUAGAACUAACGGUCUGAGCAUGCCGCCUGAAUUGCUGAAUGGGAACGCGCCACUAGGUGGUGGUGGAGGAGAGGCCCAGAUGGAGAGCAUGAGCAUGGAGCUGGCAGCUACUGUAACCACAGUGGCAGGUGAGAGACACUGUGGGGAUUUUUCCUCACACGACCCAGCAGCAGAAAUCCUUCUUGGCCAGCACGUCUACAGUGACUCGCCUGAGAUCAAUAACACUGCAGGCAGCCAGGUGGAGCACCAGAAGUCUGUGAAAGCAGAGCAGUUCUAUGACCAUACCCUCUACAGCACCAUGCUUCUUUACCAUGGGUCCUAAACUACAGAUAUGGCUGACAGACCGUCCUUUUUUUUUUUUGCCCGACUCUCAUGCAAGCCUAAAUAAGCAUUCAUUCGCCUUAAAGCCACUCGGUGGCCAAGCUGUUCAUUGAAAUUAUUUGUCGUUCUACACAGCAGACCCAUUGUUGUGGAUGGAGCUGAAGUUAGCAACUGAAAAAGCUGAAGAAGUGGAUUUUUGUGUGUGUCCUUAUAGAGAAAGUCUUUGUUUAGCUCCUCAUUAAAGUUUUAAUAUGCUGCCAGUACACUAAAGUAAGCAUUUGUGUUGAACCACUGCCAGUACUUACAUUCUGUUUCUGCCACAACUUGAUGUUAAUAAAACAAAUAUAAAGACAUUAAAAAAAAAAGUUUUGCAAAAUUUAAA